GCGGGCCAAACCCUGUUGCCUCUUCGGAGACUCGCCCCGUCCACGUGGGGGGGGGGUCUGGGUCGUUAAUUGGACACGGUGGUCGUGGGUGGCAGCACCUGUUCGGGGAACCCGCGUGGGUUUCAGACCAGGAAGACCUGCUUCGUGGGGUCAGAGGUUGCACGCGGUGAGUUCGAUACCCAAUAAAAUGUAACAGCAGGGGUUGGUGAAUUUACCAAAUGGUCGUGCACGAAAGAAUAACCAAUCAGGGUUAUUUCCUGACGUUACACAGAAAUAUAAAUAACAUCGUGAAAAGGACGUCGAAGCUGACAGAUAAAGGUAAAGAACAGACGGAGCAAAUAAAUCAUCAUUUACGGAGGCUUAACUUUGCCAAGAAAUACAAGGAGUGUCCUGAAUUUAUGGCACUGCCUUAACACGUCCCUGUAUUUAAGAGGCUGCUAAAUAUUUUAUUGUGCUCAAUGAACAUAUUCCUCAAUAAAGGCGUGCAUUAAACUAGUAGACGCUGACAACCUGGAUAAGAUUUUUUCCAGCAUAGGGGUUUGGUUCUUAGGGAUGAAAUAAAGCAUGCAAAGAGAGGGGACGGGCACAUUGAUGUCUUUAUUCAACCCCCUUUUGAAAGUAAAGCUCUGUGCUGCAGUCAGAGUACAUCUCUCUGCUGCAGAGAUUCUGCAAGCUGCUCCGGGACAUUUCACAGACGCUUGCUGAGGUCGCAGUUGAAACCACUACAAUACUUUGCCUAGAGCUGUGAAAUUAAAGCAUUAGAGUGAUGAAAUGAUAGAGAGUCUGUAAACACGCAAACAUGAUGCUUCAUAUCUCUCCAUGCUCCUUGUUUGCUGUCUAAAAUGAGUGCAUUUGAGUUUUUAAGUCUCCUCUAUACACUCCUCACACUAAAUUAACUCCACAGGUGCUUCUUUCCUGUAACAGCUGAGACUUGAAACUUGUUAAACUGCAAAUUAAAUGUGAUUCUUGAAGAAGCAACAUGUCAUUUGCGGGACUGGAAGCUUUUUGUUUGCCUCCCAGCAGCUCUCAACAUGGCGAUUUCUGAUCCAGCACAUCACAGCUAACAAUGCUAACAGCGCUAACAGUCCAAACUACAGCCAAAGUGAGAGGGUUGCUAUCUAGAAGAUUUAGAUGAAGGACGUGUGAUCCCCAAGAAGUGUGGGAGCGCUGCGAAGACAUCCCGUUGUUUUACCGAGUCCAAGCCGCCGCCUCUUCCUGCUGCCCCCGAGUCGCCGGACCAAGUCCCACAAUUCCUGAAGUGCUUGUGGAGAGACGCCGUCCGUACCUGCACGUACGGAGCACUUUAGCUUAGCAGGAAGGAACUGACUGACUAAGUCGGCUUUAAUAUCCAGCAGGUCCCUGCGGUUUUGAUUAAGUCAACGUAGAGGGCAAAGAAAACAAUCCUCUCAGAAACCAAAGGCGCUGCCGAUGAACCGAGCCGUCGACUAACUCUGGAUGUCGAUUGGCCCUCUACCUUUGCGUUAAAAGUGAAACAUCUGCGUGCUUCUCUGCAGAUGUGGAUCGCGUGACGAUCCCUCCGCUCCAUUGGAUGUCCCUGGUUUGUCUUGCAGGAUCUGGGUGAUCAAGACGUCAGCGCGGCUGUAGGCUUGUUCGUCUGCCGACCCCUUUAAAUACACUGUAUAUAUUUAUAUUCGGAUCCGAACCAAAGCAAAAAUCCAUGUUGAAACAAUAGUUAUUUGUAGUUUGUCGUUGCAAUUCAAAGGAACGGCAGAGACGAAGCUAAUAUGUUGCCCCUUGAUGAAAUGAAAGUUGAUCAGCUCUCCGAUUGAUAAUCAUUGAAUGGUGAAGAAGGACUUGACGAUGCUGCGCAGUGCUCAUCACGCAACACUUAGUUUACCCAUUUACUGCCAGUGUAGGGCUUAUCCUCAGUUACACACACACACAGACACACACACCAGGAGGGAUUCACAAUUAAGCUGAGUCAGGAUGCAGGGCUUGAUUGAAGAGAAAGUGUGCUAACUAGACAGCGCUCUAAGAGAAGGAAAGAGACAAGCUGGAACAUGAACUGGUUCUUGGUCCAGAAGCCCCUCCCAUCUCAGUCUUUUCUUCUGUUUGUCCACCACACACAGACACAGACACACAAACACACACACACACACACACACACACAGACUAUCUAUGAUAUUAGAAUUAACAUAAGGUUAAAGGAAAGACAUAUUCCUCCAAACCUGGUCAUGCUGGUUUUAUAACUGUGUUUGUAACUGACUCAGUUCUUCUGUCUUCCUCUUCAAAGAAAAUAAUAUAUAUAUAUACUGCAAAGUAUACACACAAGUAUAUAUGUGCACGAGGUGGAUAUUUUCCAUUAUCCUUACAUCGCUGCUCUUUUUCUAUUGCGAUAUCUCAAUUGUAUGUCCCUCAAGAGCUUUGACAUCAUCCACACAAACGGUUUUACACCUCAAGUCACUGACUGAAUAAAGAAAUAUUACUCAAGUUACAAAUGGCGGAUGUUGCUACUGACUCAUCUCUCCCUCCUUCGUGUUCUCUCUUUCUCAGAAACCGGAAGUUCCCCCCCUCGUGGGGUUUGGAUACACUACUGACACUGUGGACUUUAAGCCUUAGUUCGCCAUUAAUGAAUUAAACACACAGUUUACAAAGUGGUUAUUAACAAUUACAACUUUCUCAAGGUCACACUGUUUUAAUCACUGCUCUUUUUUACCAAAUCAAGCAACGGAUCUCUGUACCUCGAUGCUCUCCUCAAGACGAAGCUGAGGUUUUAACGUCAUCCCCUUAAAACAUUUGACACCUUUUGAGUAGUGAAACACAACUAAAGUUUAAUAGUUAAUAUAGAGGAAGUGUUGAUUCUUUGGGGUGUGAUGACACAGUUGUGUGCGAUAAGUCAAAGACCUUACAUGCAAAUUAAACCACAGAACGAUAAAAGCCAGCCGAGGAACCAGCCGUGUCAACGGCUGUAAAUAAGCUCUUGCAGGAAUUGCAGUUGGUGAUGUCAGCCAGUGGAAAUAAAAAAAAAAAAAAAAAACCUGCUUCAAAUCUCACUCUGUGCUGGUCUCGAGAUGAAGCUCUGAAAAGCUCAGAGGUAAAACUUUAAUGACUCCCAGCCUUCAACGCAUCCAGCCUCCCGUCUGUAAUGAGCACAGCCAAUCAACCAGCUCGAUUCUCUGCACCUUCGAGGACCCAAUAACGAGGCGGUCUGGUCGAGAGGGACGAUACAGAACUCCUCUCUUCCCACACUUGUUGUUGUGUGAUCUCGCUUAGGCGUUCAACGAUGGCUGGUCUUCCCGUCGACCUCCUGGGCUUGAAAGUCUUCAUCUUGUGCGCGGGACUUGUGGGUAACGUAUUCCUCAUCCUCGCCAUCGCUCACACCAAGUUUCCCCGGGUCAAGUCAUUUGAUCUGUUCCUCCUGGGACUGGCCGCGGCCAACCUGGAGGAAAUCGCCAUCACGACCGCCUUCGACGUGGCCUUCCUCCGGGCUUCCUCCCGCGCCGUCGGCACGUGGUCGUGCCGCUCGCUCAAGUUCCUGUCGAAGUUCGGCGAGGUAGCCAGCAUCUUCUUCACCGUCCUCAUCAGCGUCUUCCGCCAGCAGAAGCUGAGCAAUAGGGCCAACCUCCCCAUCUACCUGGACAGCGUCGGGUCAGCCCGGAUGGCGAGCGGGGCCUGCGUGCUGCUCGCCACGGUGGUCAAUCUCCCCGUUUUUGCCAUCGACCCCAAAGAGCCUGCGGGGAACGCCACGGGGAACGCCACGGGCUGCCCGCUGGACUUCUUCCAGUGCAGCGCAAGCCGCUGCCCUGCGCUCAGCGGCCUCUACAAGUACCUCUUCAUCCUGGUGUGCAACCUGCUGCCUCUGGCCGUCGUCACGGUUACCGGCUGCCUCAUCCUCGCAGUGCUGCUGGGCAAGAGGUCGAAGGUGACCCCGGCGUCGGGGGGGAGGGGGAGGGGGAGCGGAGGUUCGACCUUCCAUCGAGGCACCGUGGCUGUGCUGGCGGCCAUGGGGUUGUUCCAGGUGGAGUGGACCCUCUACCUGAUCCUGCAGCUCCCCGCCGCCUCCGUUGACUUUGCUUUUCGGGCCGAGGCGGAGCUCCUCAUCUCGUUUUCCUACACCUGCAUCAGUCCGUACGUGUACGGGAUUGGGAGUGACCUGUUCUCUCUCAGGAACUUCAAGAAGACGUAGCCGAAAUGUCGACGAGCCCGGGUGUUUUUAGCAAAAAAAUGUAAUUAAUCUUUUUGUUGGCUAAGAUUUUUUGUUUUAAUUACACGUUUAAUUAUUAAACUCAUGAUUAUGCUUUUUGAGCGCAUGGUUCAGGGAGAGACGGGUAAAUACUUUCAUGCUCAGACACUUUAUUACCUUUCUAAAGCUUUAAUUGUGUUGCACUUCAAAUCUAAUGUGAAAUUUAAAUGUUUAUUUGGUGCACAUUUCUCAAUUUAACCAUUUGUUUUUAAUCAAAAGUAUAGAUAGUCAAAGUUUUCUAUAUUUGCAGAAAAACAUACAGCCUUAUAGCCAAUGCCUUUUUUCUCACUACAAAACUUAUGACUUUCAAUCUUCGGGCUGAAAACAAUAAAUGUCAUUUGCAUUCUUACAGCCCAGCAUUUGGAGCACGACAAGAGAAUGACUUCUUUUUAUUUUAUAUGUUUUUAGUAAUUUGUCACUUCUCUCUGUUCUGUUCUGUUCCACUGUGGCCUGUUACUGUGACUAAAGAGUUCGGAGAUUGAUGAUAAAUUGUCUAUAAUACGAUGUUACAUUGUGAUCUAUGAAAAAAAAGAAUGUGAAGUACGAAGAGCAACAAUUACAUGAUGCACCGCAGAAAAUACUCAAUAACACCACGAGUUACAAGUGUGAUAGCAAGAAAAACAUGGCUGCCUCCUGAAGAAUUUAUUAUUAUAUUUCCCUUCGUUUUAGCAUCUUAACUUGUAAAAAACAAAGGAUAUAUAAUCCUGACAAAACACAGAUGACAUUUACACAGUGCACACAGUUUCUAAAGUCCCCUGAUUAUUUUGAAAUAGGCUAUAAUAGAUUAAAUUUUGGCAUUUUUAAUAUGUUUUGACAGUUGUGACAUAAGCUCACA